AUGGAGAGUGCAAAGAAGAAACGUCAAGACCAGGGCUUGCUGGAUGUAGUGUUUUCUUGGUCUUUAGAAGACGUGAUAAACAGAAACUUGUACAGAGACAAGGAUGAAGGAAAUUGUGCCCUUUGUUCCCAAGAAGGAAUAGAAGAUACUGUAUUGAAGUCCAUUCACUCUUUUGGGUUAGACAAUUCCCAGGAAGAAGCUGUUAUGAGCUGUGUAAAAGCAAGACGAUGUGUUCACCGGAAUUCUGUUAAGCUGAUUUGGGGUCCUCCUGGAACUGGGAAAACAAACACAGUUGCCUCUUUGUUAUCUCACCUCUUCAAUAUAAAAUGCAGAACUUUAACUUGUGCUCCAACCAACAUUGCAGUUGUAGGAGUUGCGAAGCGGCUUAUGGAUCUGGUAAGGGGUAGUCUCCGUUAUGAUAGUUAUGGUAUCGGAGACAUUGUUGUUUUUGGUAAUGGAGAAAGAAUGAAGAUUGAUGAUCAUGAGGAUUUACGGGAAGUGUUUUUGGAUAACCGUGUUAAUGCGCUUGCUAGAUGUUUGUCUCCAUUUGAUGGAUGGCAGGUAGGUUUGAAUUGGAUGAUAAAUUUGCUUGAGGAACCAAAAAAGGAAUAUCAGAAAUACUUGGAUGAAAUGAAAUGGAAGAAUGAAGAGUUGAAGAAGAUACAAGAAAUGGGAAGCUCAAGGAGAGAACUUAGUGGUGCUGAGGAGAAGGAUAAGCAUUUGAACAAGUUGAUUGUUCAGAACUUAAAGGAGAAAAAGAACAAAAAGAUGAAAGAUGAGUCUUCUCAAAAGAAAAAUCUAUUAGGAUCUAAUGACAAAGUGAUCAAGUGUAAUGUUGUUCAGUGUCCCAAAGGAAAGGAUUGUACUAAUGAGGAGGCACCGAGUUUUGUGACAACCUUGUACACACAUUUGCCUACUUCACACCUCCCUUUGGGAAUAGUGGAAAAGAUGGUUAGAGCAUGUAACAUGCUCCAGACUCUAGGAGCAUUGAAUAUUCACUUUGAUUCAUGGCAGGCAACAAAAUCAGAAUGUGUUGUGAUCUUGAAACUUCUUCGUGGCAGCUUUACUCUCCCAAAACAUUCUAAAAUUCGAAGCUUUUGCUUGAAUAAAACAAUCUUGAUUUUUUCUACUGCCUCGAGUUCAUUCAAAUUGCACGCUGGAAGGAUAACACCAAUAGAGGUGUUGGUAAUUGACGAAGCUGCUCAGCUUAAAGAAUGUGAAUCCACUAUUCCCUUGCAGCUACCCGGUCUUCGACAUGCUAUACUAAUUGGAGAUGAGAAACAAUUGCCAGCAAUGGUUCAGAGCAAGAUUUGCGAGAAGGCUGAUUUCGGGAGGAGCUUGUUUGAGAGGCUGGUUAAAUUAGGACACAAAAAGCACCUCCUCAACAUCCAAUACAGAAUGCAUCCCUCUAUUAGUUUGUUCCCAAAUAGACGGUUCUAUAAAGGGAAGGUCAUGAAUGGUCCUAAUGUCACAAAUUUAGGGUAUGAGAAGCGAUUUCUUGAAGGAAACAUGUUUGGUCCGUUUUCUUUCAUCAACAUAAGAAAAGGAAAAGAAGAGCUUGAUUGCAAACAUAGUAGUAAAAACAUGGCAGAAGCUUCUGUGGUAGCUGAGAUUGUUGCUAUGCUCUAUAAAGAAUCCCUAUCUUCGAAACAAAGACUUUGUGUUGGUUGCAUAUCACCAUACAAAGCUCAGGUCUUUGCAAUCCAAGAAAAGCUUGGCAAGAAAUACAGCACAGAUAUGGACAGUGACUUCUCUGUGAAUGUACGAUCUGUUGAUGGCUUUCAAGACGGGGAAGAGGACGUGAUCAUCAUAUCUACAGUGCGAUGUAAUGGAAGGGGAUUGGUAGGCUUCUUGUCCAACUUUCAGCGAACAAAUGUGGCUCUCACUCGAGCUAGAUACUGCCUUUGGGUAUUAGGCAACAGUGAGACCUUGAUCGGUAGUGGUUCAGUUUGGAGGGACUUAGUAAUGAAUUCUAAGGCGCGCGGUUGCUACUACGAUGCCUGCAGUGACAAGAACCUGGAACAAGCAAUUGCAGAUUCAUCUGAUGACUUAACAACUAAUCUUUCUGCAUUGAGCCUUAGGGAUGAAUCUGGAUUUUCUUCCGAAUCCUUUUUGAAAUGGGAGGACCUUCUGAAUCAGAGCUUGGGUUUCACAUAAACGAGGAUG